GUCACGGAUGACAGCCAGAACCUUAUAGGGGAGAUGUAUUGCGUACACCACACUUUAAACUAUGAUACGGGUCGAGCUUGUCCAUAGGGAAUGUUUAUAUUGAGUAUAAUAUACGUAUCGUAUGAACAUUAUCUACAAGUCUAAUGUGUAUACAACAAAUACUACACAGACACAUGCGAAACCUGAAUGCUGAGUUAGACGUUAAAAGACCACAAGCGUAAUCAUGAUGAUGUUGGACAGUAUAUUCCACGGGCAGGGCAGAUGAUGUUGGACAGUAUAUUCCACGGGCAGGACAUAUGAUGUUCAAGUUCAAAUGACAAGACGAAUUCCUAGUGGAUGGAGUUAAGAUCAUGUGACAUUUUAAAUCAAUUUUCUUAAUAAUUAAUUCUUAGUUACUCAUUUGCUACGAAGUAUAUGUUUAUUUGACGGAAUAAACAUCUGACGAGUUCUAAGGUCACCCAAUAAACAUGCAUCGACCAAACGUUGGUGGGUCUUUUUCAAUCGAGUCUCUAAUGGCACCCACAACGAAUCCCCGAUUUGGGCCAAUGAUGUGCAAUGGUUACGUAUUUAUGCCUCCAACGGGACUUCCUCAGACACCAAUGUCACCAAGCAUGUUAUCUCCGGACUCGAUGGCCUACCAAAUGCAGUCUUAUGCGCAGAGUCAAUUUAUUCGUGGACAGAUUGCCGCAGCAAAUAGUGCAUCGUUCAGAAAUCAUUUGCAUCUCUCUGGAUUAGCGGCUAUGCUUCCGUAUUCAGGAGCGAAAUCUUUGGACUCCAAAUUAACUCCAAUUCCUGGUGACAUCAGUUUGGAUUCGCACGUGCAGAGUCGGUCCCCUGAGACCUCUGGGUCCGAAUCUCCCGACACUAGUCCUGUCCCACGGAUGUUCCAGGAAGAGGCCGCCGGCAGAUGUCCACCAUAUUUCCCAGAUCACUCCGCCGAGUCAAAGCACUAUGACGUUUCACAACCGGAACCGGAUACUGAUACAGAUGAAAUGGACAUUGUAGACGAAGAAACGGACGAUGAGCGAACGGUACACACGGAUACGGAUUCUGCCCACAACAACACGGACUCGCUCGAAAGAACAAAAGACACUAUAACUACAAGUGUGAAAAUGCGACGACGGCGGACUGCAUUCACAAGUGAACAAUUGUUAGAAUUGGAGAAGGAAUUCCACAGUAAAAAAUACCUCUCGCUCACAGAGAGGUCUCAAAUCGCACACAAUUUAAAACUUAGUGAAGUGCAGGUGAAAAUUUGGUUCCAGAAUCGCAGAGCGAAAUGGAAGAGAGUGAAAGCUGGAAUGAUUCAUGGUCGCACUCCAAAUGAAAUUUCCGGAAAACCGAAAAUUAUUGUUCCCAUCCCUGUUCACGUUAACAGAAUAGCGAUCCGAAGUCAGCACCAACAGAUUGAGAAAACAAUACGACAGACACAAUAACUGCAUCGUAUUGAGAAACAAUAAAUGUGGAUUCUGAUACAAAUUGUAAAUCAAAAACUUGGUGAUCAGAAAAAUACAAAUACAAAAUCCAAUUAUCUACAAUAGUUCAAAUACUUGUAAGGUGAUUAUGCGAAAUACAAAAUACAUGAUAU